AUACACCACCUGGUUUCCCAGAAAUAACAACAACACCAAAUACAAGAGUUAUUGAAGUUGGACAUACGGCUGUGAUGCAAUGUAAAGCAGAUGGUAAUCCACCACCAACAAUUUAUUGGAUUAAAAAUCAAACAAAAGUUGAUAUGUCAAAUCCAAGAUAUAGUCUUAUAGAUGGAAGUCUACAAAUUGAAAAUAGCCGAGAAGAAGAUCAAGGAAAAUAUGAAUGUGUUGCUGAAAAUUCAAUUGGUACAGAACAUUCAAAAGCAACAUCAUUAUAUGUUAAAGUUAGACGUGUAUCACCAAAUUUUUCAAGACCACCAGAACCAUUAAAUGAAGUUAUGUUAGGUGCUGAUUUAAAUUUAACAUGUGUUGCUGUUGGUUCACCAAUGCCGCAUGUUAAAUGGAUGAAAGGAGCUGAAGAUAUUACACCUGAUAAUGAUAUACCAAUAGGAAGAAAUGUAUUACAAUUGAAAAAUAUUCAAACAUCAGCAAAUUACACAUGUAUUGCGGCAUCAUCGUUAGGACAAAUUGAAGCAACAGCUAUAGUUAAAGUACAAUCAUUACCAGCAAUGCCCACAGAUGUUCAAAUCUCAGAGGUGACAGCAACAUCUGUCCGUUUAGAAUGGUCAUAUAAAGGACCUGAAGAAUUACAAUAUUACGUUAUACAAUAUAAACCAAAGAAUGCUAAUCAGCAGGCAUUUAGCGAAAUCAGCGGGAUUAUAACAAUGUAUUAUGUUGUGAGAGCCUUAAGCCCAUAUACUGAAUAUGAAUUUUAUGUGAUAGCUGUAAAUAAUAUUGGACGUGGACCACCAUCAGCACCAGCAACAUGUACCACUGGUGAGACUGGUGAUUUUACAUUUGGAGGAGCAAAAAUGGAAAGCGCUCCAAGGAUAUUUCAAGUACGGCCAUUAAGCUCAUCGACAGUGGUAAUAUCAUGGGAACCACCUGAGACUCCAAAUGGACUAGUGACCGGUUAUAAAGUAUAUUAUACAACUGAUCCAAAUCAACCGGAAGCCCAAUGGGAUUCACAAAUGAUUGAUAAUAAUGAAUUAACAACAAUAUCUGAAUUAACACCACAUGCUAUUUAUACAGUACGUGUACAAGCAUUUACAUCAAUGGGUGCCGGUCCAAUGUCAGCACCAGUACAAGUUAAAACACAACAAGGUGUUCCCUCACAACCAAGUGAUUUUAGAGCCACUGAUAUUGGUGAAACAGCUGUUACAUUACAAUGGUCGAAACCAACUCAUUCCAGUGAAAAUAUAGUUCAUUAUGAAUUAUAUUGGAAUGAUACGUAUGCAAAUCAAGCGCAUCACAAACGAAUAUCAAAUACAGAAUCAUAUACAUUAGAUGGUUUAUAUCCAGAUACAUUAUAUUAUAUAUGGUUAGCAGCACGUUCUCAACGUGGAGAGGGUGCAACAACACCACCAAUACCCGUUCGUACAAAACAAUAUGUCCCUGGUGCACCGCCACGUAAUAUAACAGCUGAAGCAACAAGUCCAACAACAAUUGCUGUAUCUUGGCAACCACCACCAGCUGAACGAUCAAAUGGUCGUAUUAUUUAUUAUCGUGUAUUUUUUGUUGAAGUUGGUCGUUCUGAUAGUGAGGCAACAAUAUCAACAUUAAAUGGUACAAAAAUUAUAUUGGAUGAAUUAAAACGUUGGACAGAAUAUAAAAUAUGGGUAUUAGCUGGGACAUCGGUUGGUGAUGGGCCAAGAUCAUUACCAGUUAUUAUACGAACAUUAGAAGAUGUGCCUGGAGAUCCACAAAAUGUUCAAGUAACUGCUUUAAAUUCAACUUCUAUACAUGUUAUUUGGGAACCCCCACUAGAAAAAGAUCGAAAUGGUAUUAUACGUGGUUAUCAUAUACAUGUUCAAGAGACAAGAGAUGAGGGUAAAGGUUUUCUCAAUGAACCAUUAAAAUUUGAUGUUGUUGAAGCUUUAGAAUAUAAUGUAACUGGAUUACAACCUGAUACAAAAUAUACAGUACAAGUAGCUGCAUUAACACGAAAAGGUGAUGGUGAUCGUAGUCCACAAGUUCAAGUAAAAACACCUGGUGGUGUACCAAUACGGCCUACUGUUAAUAUUAAAAUGCUUGAACGUGAUCCAAAUUUAUCAAUUGAAUUAGAAUGGGAACGUCCACAACAAACAUAUGGUGAAUUAAAAGGGUAUCGUAUAAGAUGGGGUGUUAAAGAUCAACCAUUACAAGAAGAAAUUUUACCAGGACAACAUAAUACAGUUAAAAAAAUUAAAAAAUUAGAACGUGGUGUUGAAUAUGAAUUUCGUGUAGCCGGUCAAAAUCAUAUUGGUACUGGACAAGAAACAGUUAAAUAUUAUAGAACACCAGAAGGAACACCAUCUGGUCCACCAGCAAAUAUAACAAAACGUUUCCAAACACCAGAUAUUGUAUGUAUAACAUGGGAUUUACCAAAACGUGAAGAAAGAAAUGGUCAAAUAAUACGUUAUGAUGUACGUUUUCAUAAAAAAAUUGAUGCACCCGGUCCAGAUCGUAAUACAACAGCAAAAAAAGCUGUUUUUACAAAUUUAGAAGAAAAUACUGAAUAUGUAUUUCAAGUUAGAGCAUAUACAAAACAAGGUUCUGGGCCAUUUAGUGAAAAAUUAAUAAUAGAAACUGAACGUGAUAUGGGUAGAGCACCAAUGGCUGUACAUGCAGUAGCAACAAGUGAUCAAAGCGCACAAGUAUGGUGGGAACCUGUUACAUCACGUAAUAAAUUAAUAGGUUAUAAAAUAUUUUAUACGAUGACUGCUGUUGAAAAUUUAGAUGAAUGGCAAACUAAAACAGUUGGUAUUACAGAAUCAGCUGAUCUAUUAAAUUUAGAAAAAUUUGCUCAAUAUGCUGUUGCUGUAGCAGCCCGUUUUAAAAAAGGUUUAGGUCGUUUAAGUGAAAAAGUUACUGUUAAAAUAAAACCUGAAGAUGUGCCUCUAAAUUUAAGAGCUCAAGAUGUUAGUACACAUUCAAUGACAUUAUAUUGGUCACCACCAAUAAGAUUAAAUCCAGUUAAUUAUAAAAUAUCAUUUGAUGCUGUUAAAGUAUUUGUUGAUUCUCAAGGUGUUACACAAACUCAAAAUAUACCAAAACGUGAAAUAACAUUAAAACAUCAUAUAAAAUCUCAUACAAUUAAUGAACUAUCACCAUUUACAACAUAUAAUGUAAAUGUAAGCGCUGUACCUGCUAAUUUAGAAUAUCUUCCACCAGCUAAAAUAACAGUUACAACUCAAAUGGCAGCACCACAACCAAUGGUUAAACCAGAUUUUUAUGGUGUUGUUAAUGGUGAAGAAAUAUUAGUAAUACUUCCACAAGCUUCCGAAGAAUAUGGUCCCAUAUCACAUUAUUAUUUAAUUGUUGUUCCUGAAGAUAAAUCAAAUAUGCAUAAAAAUCCAGAUCAAUUUUUAACAGAUGAUUUAUUACCGGGUAGCAGUCGUAAUAAACCAGAACGACCGAAUAGCCCAUAUAUUGCUGCGAAAUUUCCACAACGUUCAAUACCAUUUACUUUCCAUUUAGGUACUGGUGAAGAAUAUCAUAAUUUCACUAAUCGUAAAUUGGAAAAGGAAAAACGAUAUCGUGUAUUUGUACGUGCUAUUGUAGAUACACCACAAAAACAUUUAUAUACAUCAAGCCCAUUCUCGGAAUUUUUAUCAUUGGAUAUGCGUGAAGCACCUUCAGGUGAAGGUCCAACAAGACCAGGGCCUGAUGGUCCUCUACUACCAGAAAUGGAUGGAGUUCACGUAAAUCGUGGAAGUGCUGAACCUGCACUACUUUGGGUUAUUUUACCCGUAUUGACUGCAAUUUUAUUAACGUUCCUUGUUAUAGUCUAUGUAAUACGAAGAAGAAGACAGCCAUGUAAAAUACCAGAUCAAGCAGCUGUAACACGUCCUUUAAUGGCAGCUGAUUUAGGUGCUGGACCAACACCCAACGAUCCAGUUGAUAUGCGCCGUUUAAAUUUCCAAACACCCGGAAUGAUAUCACAUCCGCCAAUACCGAUAUCAGAAUUUGCAAAUCAUAUUGAACGUUUAAAAGCAAAUGACAAUCUUAAAUUUUCUCAAGAAUAUGAAAGUAUUGAACCAGGUCAACAAUUUACUUGGGAUCAUUCAAAUUUAGAAUAUAAUAAGAGUAAAAAUCGAUAUGCGAACGUAACAGCUUAUGAUCACAGUCGAGUUCAAUUGACGGCAAUUGAAAGUGUUCUUGGAUCCGAUUAUAUAAAUGCAAAUUUCUGUGAUGGUUACCGAAAACAUAAUGCAUAUAUUGCAACUCAAGGUCCAUUACAGGAUACAUUCAAUGAUUUCUGGCGUAUGUGUUGGGAGCAAAAGGCAGCAACUAUUGUUAUGAUGACACGAUUAGAAGAAAGAGCUCGAAUUAAAUGUGAUCAAUAUUGGCCAUCUAGAGGAACAGAAACUUAUGGCCAAAUAUUUGUAACUAUUACUGAAACACAAGAACUAUCAACGUAUAGUAUACGAACGUUCCAACUUUGCAGACAAGGAUAUAACGACCGUCGUGAAAUUAAGCAAUUACAGUUUACAGCAUGGCCGGAUCAUGGUGUCCCAGAUCAUCCAGCACCAUUUUUACAAUUCUUACGUCGUUGUCGUUCGUUAACACCCAUCGAUUCGGGACCAGUUGUUGUUCAUUGUUCUGCUGGUGUUGGUCGUACUGGUUGCUAUAUUGUUAUUGAUUCAAUGUUAGAGCGUAUGAAACAUGAAAAAAUUAUUGAUAUUUAUGGUCAUGUUACGUGCCUUCGGGCUCAGCGAAAUUAUAUGGUGCAGACUGAAGAUCAAUAUAUAUUUAUACACGAUGCCAUUUUAGAAGCAAUUAUUUGUGGAAACACUGAAGUAUUGGCUAGAAAUUUACAUACACAUUUGCAAAAAUUAAUGAUGACAGAACCCGGUGAAAAUAUAACUGGAAUGGAAAUAGAAUUUAAAAAAUUGGCAAAUGUUAAAGUUGAUUCAUCGAAAUUCGUAACAGCUAAUUUACCAUGUAAUAAACAUAAAAAUCGUUUAGUACAUAUUUUACCAUAUGAAUCAAGUCGAGUUUAUUUAACACCAAUACACGGUAUUGAAGGUAGUGAUUAUAUUAAUGCCAGUUUUAUUGAUGGUUAUCGAUAUCGGUCUGCAUAUAUUGCCGCACAAGGGCCCUUACAAGAGACUGCUGAAGAUUUUUGGCGAAUGUUAUGGGAACAUAAUUCAACAAUUGUUGUGAUGUUAACAAAAUUAAAAGAAAUGGGACGGGAAAAAUGUUUCCAGUAUUGGCCACAUGAAAGAAGUGUCCGCUAUCAGUAUUACGUUGUAGAUCCAAUUGCUGAAUAUAAUAUGCCACAAUAUAAAUUAAGAGAAUUUAAAGUAACGGAUGCACGUGAUGGUUCAUCGCGUACUGUUAGACAAUUUCAAUUUAUUGAUUGGCCAGAACAAGGUGUACCAAAAUCUGGUGAAGGUUUUAUUGAUUUUAUUGGACAAGUUCAUAAAACAAAAGAACAAUUUGGUCAAGAUGGUCCAAUAACAGUACAUUGUAGUGCUGGUGUUGGACGAACUGGUGUAUUUAUUACAUUAAGUAUUGUUCUAGAACGUAUGCAAUAUGAAGGUGUUUUAGAUGUAUUCCAAACUGUAAGAAUUUUAAGAGCACAACGACCAGCAAUGGUACAAACUGAGGACCAGUAUCAUUUCUGUUAUAGAGCUGCAUUAGAAUAUUUGGGUUCAUUCGAUAAUUAUACAAAUUAAUUAGAAACCAGUCACAGAAAUGAUAAUUAUUACAAUUAAGAAAAUAUUCUUAAAAAUUUAAAAAAGGAAAUACAUAAUUAUAUUCAAUGGAAAAUAGAAAAAUCAACGAAGAUAUUCUUUUUAAUCUGAAAUCUUAAAAAACAAUUAAUAAAUAUUAAUUCAUAUUAAAAAAAAAAUAUUGGCUUCGCCAGUUAUUAUAGAAUAACGAAAAAGAGAAACCAGAAAAAUUCAACAAAAUUUAAAUAUUCAAAUUGAAAAAAAAAAAUUUAGGAAAAUUUACACGAUAUAAUCUGAAAACAAAAAAAAAUAAUUUUCCUCAUAAGAAUCAAACAUUAAAAUUCCACUAAAUGUAUAAAAAACAUUAAUUUGUAUUAAUAUUAGAAAAAAUUUAUUAAAAUAGCGAGGAAUAAAAUUAGGAGGCAUAAAAAUGAUAAAUAACAUUAAAUAAUUACGAAAUAAAAAUUUACCGACACAAAAUUUAAUGCAAAUACACUAUUGAAUAUUAAUACCUAGAUAAUAUAAAUAUAAUAUAUAUACAUAUUAUAUAAUAAUAUACAUUCGUAUAUAAAGAAACCAAUGUAAAAAGCAUUAGAGAUUAUUAUUUGCUUAAAUAUAAGAAAAUUAAUUAUAAAUAUUAUAUAUAAUAUUAAAAACUAUAUCUUAAAUACUAUAAGUAAAAUUUAAUAUUAUUUCUACUUAAUACUAUAAAUACCUACUACCUACUAUUUAUAAUUAAUUAAAAUUUAAUAUUCACAAACGAAAUUCAAAAAUAUAUUGGAAAAUAUUUUAAUCCGCUUUAUAUUUGAUUUAAUAAAGUUUCUAUUAUAGUAUUAUUUCUAAAAACAAUUUUUUUUUGUCUAUAAAAACGAAAAUUUUAAAUAUACUUAAUUUUAAUAAACUCAUUAUUUUUAUUACAGUGGUGUUCCAAUAUAAUGAAUACAACCAAUUUAAAGAACGUUCCAAUUAUAACGAACAGCCAAAUUUUUAUUUUUUUGUUGCUAUGGUUACAUAUCAAUAUCCGUUACAUUAUCCGUUAUUUAUAUCCACAUAUUACAUUUAUCUAUCAUAUUCUAUUAAUGUUUCGAUAUUUUUUAGUUAAUUUUAUUCAUUUUUUCUGUAAUUGAACGUAUUUUAGUUUGUGUGAGUAUUUGUAUUAUUAAUCAAAGCAUUUGUAUUAUUAAUCAAAGCAGAGUAUUUGUAUUAUUAAUUAAAAGCAAAAAUUGCACAUAGAAACCAUUUCAAUAUAAAAGAAAAAAUGAAAAUUAUUGAGAAUAUAGUGAUUGUGGUCUUUUAUUAGGACAGCUAAUUAUUUGAUUUAAUUUACUAAACCAAUAAUAAAUAAAAUAAUUAAAACAAGUGAUUUGUAAUUUUAAACUCACAUAGGUUUAGAAAAGGCGAAUAUCAUGUAAAACAUAUAAGCAUUAAUUUUUUUGUUACAUUCACAUUUGAAUUAAAAUUAAAAUUCAAUUUUCACUUGAUUUUAGUACAUAUGUUUAUUAUUUUUGAUAUAUUUGAUAUAACAAACGGUCUUAAUAUAAUGAAUCACAUUAUAUCGUUCGUUAUUUUAGAACACAACUGUAAUUAGAUUAUUAAAUGAGUAUAAAUAAAUUAAAAUUAAUUUGAUUUUAUAU